UUUGCCCUGAACACUGAAAGAUUGCUUCCAGACCUGGUACUGACUAUAAAAAAAACAGACCUUUGGAAGGCAGAAACGCAGGCAAGGACUGAAAGAAGGAUUCAAAGAAACUUGUUUGGCGGGAUUUUUCUGUUUUGUUUGGAAAUGUCUGUGACUGCUCGAAUGGCAUUUGUCAAUGGAUCGGGGUACCAACUCAUUGAAGACUGUGAUGCCACUCACAAGGCGCUGUAUAAGUUCUAUGCAGCUGUCAUGAUUGUGAUUUUUAUCUUGGCUUUACCUCUGAACGCAUCGGUCCUUCACCUCUUCAUAUUCAAGCUCAAGUUCUGGAAAUCCAACACCAACAAUGUCUUCCUCUUCAACCUGGUGUUGGCAGACAUUCUCCUGCUCUUCUGUUUGCCGAUAAAGGCGCAUAACUUCAUCAACGGAGAGAGGAGGAGCAGCGAUGAAGUCGUCUGCAAAGCUAUGCUCUUCAUGUUGUUUUUAAACCGCGGCGCCAGCAUCGCCUUCCUGACUGUGACUUCCAUUGAUCGAUAUUUCAACGUGGUGCACCCUGGUCGAAAGAAUCUCCUGAGAGCGCUCAAGAAAUCUCCUCAGAUCUCUAUCCUCAUCUGGCUGCUGCUUCUGCCUCUCACCAUUCCCACCAUGCACAAGAACUUUGAGUGCUGCAACAGCCACAAGACCGGCCCAAAAGAAGACACCUUGAUCAAGGAAGUGGUGGACAGCAUGAGAGAGGUGGUCUUCUUCACUCAGAUCCUCAUCCCGUUCAUCAUCCUGGUCUACUGCACCGUGCACAUCGUCAACCGGCUCAGGAAGAAAACAGUCGGAGAUAAAACCAAGCUGAAGAGGGCCGUCUUUCUGGUGAUGUCCGUCAUGGUGGUCUUCUCCUUCUGCUUCCUCCCCUGCACCAUAGCGAGGAUGGUUCUGCUGAUUGUCCGGGUCCAGGAGUUGAGUGAAUCCCACCAGGAUAAGGCUGCUGUGGCCUUCGACGGCCUCAUGGUUCUCUCCUACAUGGACUGUCUACUGGAUCCACUGGUUUACUGCUUCUGUAGCACCAAGUUUAAAGCGCUUUACCUCUCCAACUACUUCCCGUUUCUAGUAAAAGAUGGUCAGGUGCCGAUAGACAGCUCAACAGGAAACACAGUACAGCCUACACACAAUACUGUCAUUUGAAGUGAAAGAAAACAAAGGCUGGGGAGCUGCUGUACAGAAUGUAGGCUAUCGCUGUAUGGACACCUGUUCAACUCAACAGGAGACUGACUGUGUAAUAAUGUACUGACUUCAUGAAAGAGGACUCUGAAGGUAAAGUGUACUGUGAAGAUAAGGUUUAUGAUCUUUAUUUAAAUUGCUAUUAUCCUGAUAUUGUUCAAACAAACAGAAGUACACAUUAUAAAUAGCAGGGGCUGUUAUGGUUUUUGAUGUCACGAGUUUCUGGUAUCAUGAGCUGGCAAAUGAGUAGCAUGUGUUUUUCAGGCCAGUAGAUCUCACACAAUAGUGGCCUGAGGGGUGAAACUGGAAAAUAAGAGCCCGUUAGGGGAAACAUCUGUUUUUCAGUUUGUCUUGGACAGUGAAAUGAGUAGAAACAUUCCUUUCAAGAACAAAAAUCAUAUCUGUCCUAUGAAAUCAUACCAAUCUCAUACAGCCUUUAUCUAAGCCUUCACAGUCAAGCACGCAUAAGUGUUUAGCGCCGUCACUUAAGACUAAAAAAGAUCAGAAAAAUAUUAUCCUGGUACA